AUGAAACAAAUUGUGAUAAAUUUUUCUGAUCUGAAUGAUGAGGCUAAGAAAAAGUAUAUUAGAUUUUUGGCAGAAAAUAAUCUAAAUGCAGAGAAUCAAUAAUUAAAGAAAUCUUAAUUGCCUUCAUAACAUCGUUCUAGAUAAUAUAGUACAUUAAGUGAUAUGGCAAAUAGUAAAGCUUUCACACCAGCAAGUAAUUGAUUUUAUUUAAGUAGAUAGAGUCAUAAAAAUAAGUUUCCUAACACUUUAAGACGGAUCAUUCUGUUGGUAGCAAAUUUAGUGAUUUGGAAGAGACUUAUCCAAAAAUAAUGAGCAAGAUAUAAAAUAAAGAUCUAUUAUCAAGACCAUUAAAAUUAAGUUUCAAUGAGUUAAGUCUUUUAAUAGAGGAAAUAUAUUAAAAAAAGUUUAUUGAAGAUUCAAAUCAAAUAGCAAAGAAUUAAAAAGUUCAAGAAAUAGCUUUUGUAGAUUAUGUCUAUGAAUUCCUAUAAAAUAAAUUUAAGCAUUCUAAAAAUUAAGUAUAAUUAGAUAUAUAUUAGUAAAUAAUAAACUUUUUAGCUUCUGUUGACUUGCAUUCUUUAAAAAGGAAAGAUGUAAAUAUUUUUUAGCAAUUUUUAAAAUUCAACAAAUAAGAAGUGUUAACUUUUUAUUUGUUUACAAGAGCAGUAAUUUAAAAAGAAUUAAAAUUGUCAUUUUAUCAUCGUAAUUUAUAUUAGUUAUAUAAUUAUUAAAGCAUUAAGAAAGCAAGGAAUAGACAGUAAUUAAUUGUAGUUGAAUUAAAAAUAAGUUCAAUAGAUUUCUUUACUUUUAUAUGGAUCUCCUGAUAAAUAUUAAGAAUUUAAGAAAUAUUAUCCUGGUAACAAUAUAUCUGUAAGUGAAUUUUCAUUUGCAGCAAUUUUAAUAUAUGAAGCUUAACAUCAAACAAAUAAAUAAAGACCAUUUUAAUAAUAACCAAGAUCAUUAUCACCUCAUUAAUUUACAAGUAAUAAUAGUAAUAUAGAAACAUUUGAAUAAAGAUAACCAGAUUCUCCUUUAUUUAUGUAAUCAGAGUCUACUCUGGAUAAUACAAAAUAAUAAAAUGAAAAAUUUUUUUCUUCUAUAUCUUAGAAUGUAAAUAAUUAAAAGAAAUAAUAAUGGACAGUAUAAAUAAAAUUACAUCGAAUGGCAAAUUCUGUAAAUAAUGUUUAGAAAUUAAUUAAUGAAAAAUUGGAAACAAAAUUAUCUGAUUUUAUAGAAGAAAUGCUUUCAGAAAUGGAAGAUUUAACAGAUGAUUAGAAAAAAUAAUGUGUAAGUGGAAUAGAAGAAAGAAUUGUAGAUACAGUAGCAAUUUUAUUGGAUGCAAUUUAUAAAUUUGAUAAGUUAUUGUGGUAUAUUAGAUUAAAUUUUAUAAAGGUUCAAGAAAUUGAAUAAAUAGCCAGAUGAAAAUGGAUUAGAGUAUAUUGAGAAUUUAUAGAAACUUUAUAGAUCUUUAGUAAAAGCAAAAUAGCCUUUAGAUGAUUAAUUAGAAUAGCUAUGUUAAUAGAUGAUGCAAGUAAAUAUUAAAUAAAAUAAUAUAAAGACUCCAGAUUUGGCGAAACAAAUUGGAAAUGAAUUAUUAUAAUACUUUUAUAAUUGUGAAUGA